GAUUUCUGCUUGCAUACUUUCUCUUCUUCUUCAUUCCUCUCUCUGGAUCCAUAGUGUACGUUCUAGGGUUUUGAAUUUUUGGCCCAUUAUUUAACAUCUUUUUGACAUAAAUUCGUUGAGAAUUCGCCGAUAUGAAGCUCACCGUGAAGACUCUCAAAGGCAGCCACUUCCAAAUUAGCGUCCACCCCAACGACACCAUAAUGGCUGUUAAGAAAAGCAUUGAAGAUGUACAAGGCAAAGAUAACUAUCCAUGUGGUCAGCAAUUAUUGAUUCAUAAUGGGAAAGUAUUGAAAGACGAAAGUACCUUGGCUGAAAACAAGGUCUCUGAGGAUGGGUUUCUUGUUGUCAUGCUAAGCAAGAGUAAAAGUUCGGGCGCAAGUGGGUCGACAUCUUCCCAGGCUGCACCAGCUUGCAACGCUACCCCUGCAGCUGAAGCUCGACCAUCUGUACCGGCUGCUAAGAGCACUGGAUCAGCUUCUGUUGCUCCAACAGCAAGUGACCCUUUGGAUCCUUAUAGAGAUGCUGCUUCCAAUUUAGUUGCUAGUAAUAAUCUUGAGCAGACAAUUCAACAACUAAUUGAUAUGGGUGGUGGUAGUUGGGACAAAGAGACAGUAACACGUGCACUUCGGGCUGCGUAUAAUAAUCCAGAACGAGCAGUGGAUUACUUGUAUUCAGGAAUCCCUGAUAGCACUGAAGUUGCAGUUCCAUUGGCCCAACCUGCAGUUGAUUCUGUUGCCGCAACUGGUCCACCUGCUUCAGGAGCACCCAAUUCAUCUCCUUUGAAUUUGUUUCCUCAGGAGACCGUUUCUGGUGCUGCGGGUGCUGGUCUUGGAUCCCUUGAUUUCCUCAGGAACAACCAACAGUUUCAAGCGUUGCGUUCAUUGGUUCAAGCUAAUCCACAGAUUCUACAGCCCAUGCUUCAGGAGCUUGGAAAGCAAAAUCCUUCACUCCUUAGACUCAUACAAGAAAACCAUCAGGAGUUCCUCCAGUUAAUCAACGAACCUGUUGAUGGUUCUGAAGGGGAUAUAUUUGAUCAGGCUGAGCAGGAGAUGCCCCAUGCUGUUAGUGUCACACCAGCAGAGCAGGAGGCCAUUGAAAGAAUGGAGGCCAUGGGUUUUGACAGAGCUCUUGUCAUUGAGGCCUUUUUAGCUUGUGACCGGAACGAGGAAUUGGCAGUGAACUACCUUUUGGAGAAUGCUGGAGAUUUUGAGGAUUGAACACUGACAAACUUGCAUCAAAGAUUUUUUAGUAAACACAGGUUUUAAAUGUUUUUCACUAUUUAUACUGGGAAUAUAAGAAAAAGUUAUAUAUUUUACUCUUGUUGGGAUUGCAUUGUCUUGUAUUAACUAUGGUGAUCAACUGGAGUUUUGAUUGUUAAAUGCCCCCUCCCUCUUUCUCCAUCAGUAAAAGGUUAAAUGAGUUCUACAUUUGUUA